AUGCACGGUCUGUCUCUUCCCAAAAAUGACUACUUUGCAAGCAAUAGCAUUGACACGCCUGAACAACCCAAGGGAGAUAACUCCUCCAGCCGUGAUGGCGUUGUCACCAAUCCAAGCAUCGGUUUAAAGGUGAUUAAAUGGAAUGAUCCCUUAAAAACAACUCGCUCAGCAAUUAAACCAGGCACUGUCGAUGAACUUAAACAAAUAUACAGCAAGUUAGGUGAUGGUGAAUUUAAGCCGUCAGCAAUAAAGAAACGAAGGAAAGAACUGUUCAAAAUGUCCAAAAGCCAGCAAAUGAAGCGUUACAAAAAGGUUAUUGAUAUGUUCAGCGCUGAUGAAACAGACGAAGUUCCGCUCAGCCCGACACACACGAACACGCCUCUGAAGAGCGUGGACGUAGUUGAAAUGUCGACUCACGCCGUUGUUUCCAACGACUCUAAAGUGGACAGCCCUGCAAGAGUAAGUGAAACAGCUACACCGAGUUUGGAGGUUGCGCCCAAAGUUAAUGACACGACGCCUACGGUUGGAUCUGAUAGAUGGGAAAAUUCGGAGAAUGAUGAAUCUAACCCUUACUCCCGGGCAAACAUCAUUGCGUUCCUGAACAGACGCCUGCAAACGAUCCACAGCAAUCAGAAGAAGGCUUUUGAAGCUGAAAAGAAGAAAGGAGAAAAGGAGGUGUAUACAGACAAAUCUGAGGACAGUAAUUCAUCUUUUCGGAAGGACGACCAGCCUGUUGUGGCGUCAACCACGUUUAAUUCCACCGAACAGCAAAGAGAUUCUUACAGCAAGCCUUCUGGGGAUGAAGAAGUGAUUGAUAGUCGCAGGGAAGCCCAACUUGAUGAGCAACUUGUCAGCGGCAGUACGUGGAGAAGCAUUUCGCAUGGUCACGUGACCGAACCAGGUACACCGCGAGACGAGCCUGCUGUGUCGUCUGCUUCAGAUACUCGGAUAGGGUUUGACAGUAAACAAGGUGAGGAGGUUUCGGAGGAGCAGUCACCUGGAAGAAUAGACGUAGAUUUGAAAGCAGGCGACGGCAAACCGAAGAAAAAAGACACAGGAUUUCGGAGUUUAUUUUUCGACGAUGAUCCCGAAUCUGACUCAGAGGGCGAGCCUGUGAAUAAUGAAACAUCUCAAGUAGGUACAAAUAUGAAUGUGAGAUCUUUUCACUCGUCUGAACACAACGGCCAGGCAAAUACGCCAAUGUUUUCAAAUGGUUUUAUGAAUACAUCUUCGGAUUAUUCAACAAACAUGUCGGCUGCUGUUGGUGAAGUGCAAAGUUUUGAUAUACAGAGCCGUGCAAGUGGACACAGCCGUGCAUCGAAACAUAGUCGAGUUUCAGAGCAUAGUCGAGCAUCAGGACACAGUCAGGUGUCAGGACACAGUCGAGUGUCGGGACACAGUCGCUCGACAAGCGGGGCUUCGGGUCCACAAGUUAACACCGAGGAAUCGAGCAGUGGUGUUUAUGUUGUGCAGGACAAUGUUGGGGAUCUGUACGUUGUGGAGGAUGUUAGCGACAAGCCGAGGCAGACAGCUACAUUUGAUCAGUCAGGCAUGGUGUUUACGUCCGGGGAUGUAGACACAAGUCACACAUUUGAUACAACUCAGAGCAGCCUGCGCAGUUUUGAUUUUAAUACACCAGAAUCAACUCGGUUUUCGGUCGAUGGUUCUGAUUUGAAUUAUGGCAAAGCAAAAGAAGUACUUUCCAACUUGUUUGACAGUUUGAACACGGCUGAUCGGGGAUUGGCCGUGACAGAUUUCCGAAACGACUCAGUGGAGCGAGGCGAUGUGACAGUGAGCGGGAUAAGUGUGAUCUCGGAUCGGGAUGUAGAUAGCAUGGCAAGUCAAGCGAAUAAUCAAACUAUCGUGACUCUGAGGAGUGCAGAUACCGAUAUGGCUCUGCAUGAAGAUGUCAAUAAAAAGACAAUUUUGAAUAUUGUCACGGAUGAACAGGAUCGCCCGCUGUGGACCGAGCAGACGACAGACACACAAGUCAAAGCCUGGAUGGAAAACGGCGACGAAAUACAAAUAGGGGGUGACACAGGAUACAGGACCAUAACAACGGCAUCCAGUGGCAACCAGGCAUUAGCUCUGAUGACGCCAGCGCCUGAUUAUCCAGAAACUGACACAAGGCAUAUUUCUACAUAUAAUGUGUCCCUUGCAAACAACCAGGAUGGUGCUGUAGCUGUUGCGUCUGCUGGGCCCGUGAUUCAGGACGUUGCGACAGGUGUAACCGUUACAACGACGAAGUCGACGGUGAUCGGCCAGAAGGUAGAUAUGAUGAUCGAUGUCCCUCAAGAACGAGAUGUCAGAUCGGAAUGGAAUCAGAGUAACAGGAUGGUUAAUUCUUUUAGAAACAGUUCUAUGAAUUCAAAUGACAGUGUUCGUUACACAAACGGCUAUAACAGUGACUCUAGUCAGUCCUCAGAUGGUGGCCGACGAGGUCAAAAGAUCUACAGUGUCCGGCAAAUCAAGAGUUCUUCAUUGGACCGUGCAGAUUCGUCUAGAAGUCAAGGACGAACUCGGUACAUCACGCGUAUCGAUUCCAUACCGAAAGGCAAUCGUCCAAAUAUUGAGAAGACGUACUUCACUUCAAGUGAUGCAUUGACAAGCAGGACCAACAACGUGUCAUUUGGUGAUGCAGACAGCCAAUAUGGGUCUCAAACAUCCAAGAGUACGUCAGCGGAAGCGUCUCCCCCUGGGGAGAGUCCUCGGUAUAGAAUGGUAAGAUCACCAACCCGCACCCAAACUACACCGGAGAGACGAACUAUCUACGAGUAUGCCGAGGACGAACCAACGAGAUCUGACUUUUACCAACACAAAGCAUUCAACUAUGAAGAGUCUGUCAACAAAGACGGAGAUUUAUGGCGUGUCAGACACACACCCAGCAGUGCAGUGUAUAAUGAACCAGUCUUCAAUUCUCGCGAUAGCAGUAGAAGUGAUCGUAGCUCUCAGCGAUACAAGGUCACUACGACGAUACCCGCGGAAGAGCUGUUCAAUAAGGACAGGCCACACGACGGUUUUUACAGGACCCGUGAUUCAUUUGGUUCUGGGAGUGAACAGAAGCGUUACAAAUCAGUUACAAAAGUAGAGCUUGAAAAUGACAGGCUGUCUCCUGUCAGAAAACGCAGACAUGAGCCGAGAGAUCUUUCUGAUUCUGAGGACGAUGAGCGCACGAAGUACAGGGUGUCAAAUAUUAGAAACGACGAAGCGCUUAUAAGAAGACAAAUGGAAUUUAAACCAGAGGUAGAAGAUAGCCAGCAGGUGUAUAGAGUUACUAGUGUGACCCCUUCUGGCAAAUCUACGAAAGCCCAAAGGAGAGUUAUGAACAGAAGCUUGUUCGGUAGCAGUAGCAAAGAUCCAAUAUACGACGAUGACAACGACACUCAACCUGAGCAUCAUUACCGAGUGGCAAAAACAUCCUCAUCAGAGGACUUAAUAGUGUCGCGGAAGAUCGCCACUCAGUCUCAGCAGCGAGACUCGAGGUACAGAAGGGUAGCAAGUCCGACGAGAUUCGACUCUGGUUACUUUGACGACUCGCUAUCACGCAGAGUAUCUCCAUCCCACACAACUGUCAUCCGCGUCGAUCCCGGCCCGAGACGAGGCAGGUCUGUUGACGCUUCAACAAGGAACUCUGUGUACACAGUGAUGAAUGUGAAAUCGGAGGAUAAUCUGACGAAUGGAAGCAUGUGGGACAGCAGGGCCUCCCCUACCCGAGGUCGGAGGGGUAGUUAUUCUUCAGAUUCCGACGGAGAGAGGAAAGGAAAGUACCGGAUUACGUCAUCCAAACAGCGUAGGUCCUCGGUAGAACGUGAAUACCCGUCGUCUCCCAAGCAGGAGCGAAGAUCGAGAAGGGAUGAAACAACUAAAUAUUAUGUUCAGAGGUCACUGAGCCCUAGUCGCGUGGAAGAUAGCGAGCCUGUUAUGUUAAGUAAACGGGUAAGGUCUAUAUCUCCUCAGCCCUAUUACAGCCGAGUGUCGAGUCAGCCUCAGUGGCAUAAGAGUUCCGUGGACGUUAGUAGACAUAAUUACACUACAGACUUUAACAACCAAAGGAGCUCUUCCUUCGCAAGCUUGAGUCCAGACAAAGGUGAUUACAGGCCAGUCGGGAGAUCCAACUCUCAGAAUUAUAAAACUGAGAAGACAUUCUUCAUCAGAUCUACCUCACCAUCUCCUCCCAAGACUAGCAGGAAUCUUUCAAGAAGCUUCUCCCACGACAUGACUGCCGACUCAGGCACAGGGACCGAGAUUGUGAGCUCUGACAAUGAAGGAAACGGAGAAUUCGUUCGUGAGGAAAAAGUCCAGAGAUUGGAACAACAAAUAUACACUGUUCGUCGAGAACCAUUACAUUCCGAUAUACCAGACGAAACAGAAGACCUAAAAGUAGAAAGAGGAAGGAUUCUAAUAAAAAACAAAAUUGACCCCAGCAAGGAUGAAGACGACUUUGAUGAUAAUUUGAAUUUGUUUGACAAUGAGUUCCAUCUUCAGAAGGACAAUCCCCUGUAUCAGAGUGAUCCUGACCUUUACAAGAAGUUCGAGGAGGAACAGCUGGAGGAAAAUGUUCAUCAGUCGGAGUUCAGGAACAGGGUGAACCAAGACAUCACUUUCGACACCGUGGAUAGGAUAGCACAUCAACACAGCAGUAGCAGCAGAAGAAACGUUCAAAUGUCCACCAGGGAGGUGCCAAAGCAGAACCUAUCCACGCUGUUGCUGUCUCAGCUCGCCAACAUUGACUCCAAGGACAUUAGACAGAACAUUGAUGUGGAACACCACAACGAAGAGAUCUACGGUGACCUUGACUUUGUCCACGCAGACGGAUCUAAGUCGCGAUCUGGAAACACAGACAAUUUCGACGCCGUCAAUGAAAAAGUCAAUUUGACUUUGAAAGAUGGCAAAGCUUUCGUUAUCAUCAAGGUGAUCGCCGAACGAGUUGUGCCAAUUGACUACGAGUUCAACGUGUGGAGAAAGAGCUCCGCCAUUGUUACCCGGCAGAUUGAAAUAGAUCUUCUAGCAAACGAACAACGCAGACGUCUAUAUGAGCACGUGAUGGAGAGCGCUGGUGCACGUGGAGCACUUGAAGCGGGGUCCUAUGGACCACAUAGUAUGACGUCAUCAGUGGCCAGGAACGACAAUGAACUCAGCAGUAUGGACACUUUGAGAUUGUUCUCUCAGAUCUUGAGUGUAGCCGAAGGCCAGGGGGACAAUGACGCAUCCCAUUAUUCCACGCGGCAGAGACAAGGUCGUCUGUCUAGUAGCGGUUCCCAUGACAUCCUCUACUGAGAGAACCACAGCGGUGAUCUUGAUAACUGUUUGGCUUCUGGAAGCACUUGCUAGACUCCAGAAAUAAGGUCCCCUGACCUGUGCCUACUAUUCGAUGUAUUAUACAUCAUAGUGCAUUUCAACAUAUACAAGCUUCCAAUGCAUAUAUGCAUGUCAGUGUGCAUGAGAUGAUGCAAAUUAUGCAUGCGGUCUAUUUAUCCGUACAAUACGUGUUCAUUAACUUUCAACACUGUGGAUCUUAUUCCUGAUCUGACAAAUCCUAUCCGGAGAUAGGUGGAGGUGACUGAAUAGUGUCAUCGGCUUGUGCUCUUCCGAUUGGGCGUACAUUGGAACAAACAAUGACAAGGUAACCAUCCCUUGGCACUGAUGACCAACUCGUCAGAUGCUUUGGAACAAUCAACAUAAACCCAAUCCAGAAUAGAUGUGACGGCAUGUGAUUCCAAGUGAAGUGCAUUUGGUCCUAGUUUGGUACUAGGACGUGAACCUGUUGAGUGCAUGUUUAUAGGACUUUUCGAACUCAUUCAUAUUUCGUGCAAGAUGAAUGAGGAUAUUAUAGCCACCUGCCUGCAUGCAUGCUAUUAUAUUGUACUCAUUGACAACCUUGAAGAUCACACAGACCUUGUAAAUAUACACAUUCUGACGUAACGGAAGAAACGCCGAUAUUAGUGCUUUGAAGAAACUGCAAACAGAAAUGAACCAUACCUUGCAGCCCGUAGUGUAUACUCUGGUCUUUGACCCUAGCUGUCUUCCGAACAAUGACGGAAACAGACGACGAAUACCGACAUAUUUAGUGGUUUUACUAGAUGUCACUGAUGAUGGUGCUAGGACUAUUAACAAAACUGAUGUAGCGAAAGAAUGGAGUUUAAACGCCGUAGAACAGUUCUGUAGUUAUAUCACGGCGGUUUGUAAUAUGUGGUCGAACCUGGACCAAGCAAACCAAUGAUCGAUGGUGUAAGCAUGACACUGAUUGACCAGACAGAAGUUGACACGUGGUCGUCAUCACACACCAUAUACCCAGAAUGAGGUUCUCUGGUGCUGUGACACUCUGGUAUCCGGAAGGGUCGAUGGUGUCUUGUGAAAUACUGCGUGUUAUUUCUAUCUCGAUAUGGACACGCGUCUUCCGCUGUAGUAUAGCGUGAAUAGCUUACUAACAUCAUGGUGCAAAGUACACUACUUCUAACGUGUUGCUGUUUGUUUUUGACAGCCCUCGUGUAGAAAUGCGUAAACAUACACUGUGAUAUUAUAGAUAUGAUGUAAUAUUCUAUGUUAUACAAUGGCAGCGUUACUUGCUUGUAUAUAGUGCAAUAUGUAGACAAUGUAUCCCAGGGACUUGUACAUAUGUAAAGACUGCUAGAUAAACCAUUGAAAUGGUAACUAUUGAUAAAACCAAAGGUUAAUUUCAACUUACGCUAAGUUUACUUUCUGAAGUUUAAAAUCGAACAGAUCUUGUUCUUAUAGAAUAUCACCUUUAAAAAUUGAAUCUUGUAUAAAUGAAUAAUCUCAAUUAGUUGGUUGCCAUAUUAUGUGAUUUGACAAUUUGUGAAUAAUUACAUGUAUACUCUUCUUGCAAUGUCAAUAUCGUGUACGCCAUUUCUCCUUUUUUUUGUUUUGUAAAGUAAGGCUUGUAUAGUGUAAAUUGCAAAGGGCUUCAACGCCUCUUCAGUUUUGAUUUCCAGUUUGAGGGCACGCUGUGGGUAAAUGUUUGUCGCUAUGGAAGUCCUUGAAACCCAACAAUGUCCCGUCAAUUCACCCUGUACAUUCUUUGCUUCUCCAGACAGCCUGUCAGACUAAUUGCACCACGUUGCCCAAUUACUUGAAUCUUGUCGCAAGGUACGCAACAGGUUGACGGAUACUCUUGAACAACAACCAUGUAAAGCCAUUCGAAGGAUAAAUAAACAACAACAUGAGCUUUAUACUCAGUUAAAAACAUACGGAUGGUCACGUAAAAACAUUACAGUUUAUAUUCAUUUUUGUUUGUUCAGAUGAUAGAUGUAUGAAAUGCAUUCAAAUAAGAGUAUAUAAUAAUAUAAUAUUUAGAGGUCGCGCAAAUCUGGUAAAACUGUUUUAGUUAGAUAAAUUUGGAGGUUUAUUCAUCCAAUUCCCCUAUUCAUCAUUUGACCAAAUGUCCUCGACUUUGUCCAAAAUGAAGUAUCACUCGUCAAGGUUUCUUUUUUAUGGAAAAUAUUCCAUGUAGUUCCUCGUCCUUCAGCGUAUCUUUGUGUUUAAAAAGAAAUUCUCGUCCGAGAUGCAUCGUUACAUAAACGUCCGCAGUGUUCACAGGUGCAAAUAUAGGUAGCUCGUACGGAAUGAGCGAGCUUUUUCAAUGUCACGAUUAAUCCAAGCUUUCAAAGGAAACCAGUUCCUCGGUUCGGUGAGGUGAGUUUGAUUUAUUUUGGAAUAGACUACAAAGCCACCACAGUCUGAAACACUCCUCGCAUACUUGUAUUACCUGUUUGUUAACCUAUUCGUACAAGUUAAAUACAUCAUCACCAGCAUCAGAAGUUGCAGGCCAGCUCCCUCCUCCGUCAGGAAUGCAGGUCACACACAUACAGCGCGCAUGUAUCUUACUGACAAAGCCAUCACGACAUACGCCUGCGGUAUGCGUUAAUAUAUUCAGCUGAACAUACGUUUCAUUAUCACCAUGAUCUCGGAGAAGCUCCCAGCCUCUUUAAUGCACAUUCCAUGUACAACCAGCCUGGUUGUUAUGAAACGUUUAUGUCACAGCGGCUUAAGCCUAAUUCCCCUUGAGGUAAUAUCACGAGACAUUUGUUAAAAAUUUAAACGUGGAAGUGUUUUUAAUUAGUAGACACAGGGAUUUCGGAUUUUAAGCGGGGGUAUUUACAGAAAGAAGUAAGUCAAAUAGUAACAGAGUAUUAAAAAAAUGAUGGUUGUGGUAAUUAGCCUUGCGAAAUAACAAGCCGAGGUAUAAAGUGUAUCAUUUGCCGGGGUAUGGGGUUUCAAGGUGAAAAGUCUGGCUGCUAUGUACACGGUGGUUUAGAAAAGAAUGCAAAACCGGAUUUAAUUUUAUCUCAGCGUUUCUAUAGAAACGAACAUACAGGUGACCUCUUGCUUAGUGAAUGUGAUUAGUAUACACCUUUGACUGUGUAUUAGUAUGCCACGUGUCUUUCCUGUAAUCCGAAAUACCACAAAUAUAUUUUGAGAUUAUUAUUUAUUAUGUGUCAUAGUUGUAAAUACAUAUUGGCAAAAUACUUACGAAGUAUAUUUUGAGGUUAACAAUGAGCACAAAUAUAAAUCAGUUAUAGUUAUUGUUUGAAGUUAAAUGAUAUUUAUCAAAACUGAAACAAGAUUACUUGCCGUUUCGCCAACAAAUACAGAACCUUCAACAAAUGCAGUGAGAUAAUGAAGAUGAUUAUGAAAAUAGUUUAGUAAUCAUGCCUUUUAGUUUGAAGCACAUUGCGAACUGAUGUCUACAUGUGAUUGAUCUAGUGUAUAUGUAUUUUACCGCCUCUUUUGAUAUUCUUAAUACGUUAUAUGUAGAACUUUGUGAAGACUUGCUUUUGUUAGAAGCCCACAGCGAAAUUAGUGGUUUUGUGUACGCUUAUUUGACGUCAGAUCUUACGUCAUACACUUACCGUUAUGCUGUUUAUCGAGUCCUUUUGUGUAUGAAUACAGUGUGUACCAGCUAGUGUGCAUGGAGACCGAGUAUACAUAGUCCACUGUACAUUGUACUGUACACCUAUAACACUUUUAUAACAAACAUGUAAUAAAAUAUUAUAUUUCCA